AUGGAGCAGCAUGACAUGACCCUCUGCUCUAGUGGUACGGACUGGGACGUCGUGCGCCGAUGCCUGUGUUCAGCCUUCUUCCACCAGGCUGCCCGUAUAAAGGGUCUGGCCGAAUAUGUGAAUCUGCGAACCGGAAUGCCUUGUCGGUUGCACCCCACAAGCGCACUCUACGGUAUGGCCUACACACCUGACUACAUCAUUUAUCACGAAUUGGUGAUGACGACUAAGGAGUACAUGCAGUGCGUUACCGCCGUCGAGGGGACCUGGCUUGCAGAAUACGGUUCUGUCUUCUAUAGGUACGUUUACUUCCCUGACCAUGUAUGUUCAUUUUUUGCCGACUUACUGCCUCUCGUUCCCCUCUAUCAGGGCGUUUACUUACAGUCCUCUUACUGA